AUGGAUGCAAUAACCAGCCACCCUUUGUUGUGUGUGCUAAACAGCCGUUUCCCAGACACCAUGCGCGAGUCCUUCAAAAAUCAAUGCAUUUUAUUGUUACCUUCUCCCAACUCUCUGGUCGGGGUUAAAAUUAGCAAAUCUUUGAUAGGAAAGUUAUAUCUGAAUAGAUACGUCACUCUCGAUGGCAGGGGGGUUAGGGUGGACGAGGACGGUGUAUCAACCGAGUUUGGAUUUAAGGAAGCUAGGACUUGCAACAUAUUGCAACAUACUGAGAUUAUUAGGGAUACAACUUUGAAAGUAAUUACCAUAGACAGGCCCCUAGUUGGAAAGUUCGAGAAAUGGUUGGAUGAAUAUUCACUAAUUGAGUUUGUGGGCAGUGACUACACGCCACAAAAUAUUCGCAAAUCCGUUUAUCAGUGGUCGCACACUAAUAAUAUGAUUGCCGAGAAACUUUUUGCCGAAAUAACCCUUCUGCGCAAAACUCUACUGAUGAUUACGGGAUUUGAAGCUCAGGUGGCCAAGAUUAUUUACAGUGUAUGCGAAAGCACAAUUUCGGAUUCUUCAAACCCGCAAAAGUGGAAGUUGUUAGGAAUUAUCCACAGGUUUAUUUACUGCGAGCUGCAUGAUUGCAUUUGGAAGCACCUGAAACAUAUAUAUUCUGCCAUGGAAGGCAUAAUUAUUAAUAACAUUAAAAUCACAGGCCCAGAAUCAGCCCUUUCCGCCUACAAAUUUCAGUCUUCCUUGAACAUAAUACCUGCGGCCAUGGAACUUAAAAAGAUUGAAAGUUGUAUUUGCCCCUUUCAAAAGGUUAACCAUUUGACUUCGUCAUUUACUCUGAUAAGGCAGGCGUCACGUUCAAUAGUUGAAAUCGACACUGCGGUCCAAGACCUUUUGUCCAUUUGUAUUGUUGCUUUGAUUGCCAGUGGACUGGAGGAUAAGUUAGCCCAUGCAGCGCACAUGGAUAUGGCGAUACAGGGCUCACCAGAAUACGAGUUUGAUGCAACGACGAGAGAAUGUAUAGAUUGUUUCAAUUCAGCACUAAAGUGUCUCACAUUAACCACAUGA